GUGUCGGCGGCGGCGGCGCGUGUGUGUGUGUGAGAUGGAGAACUCACACAUAGCGGAGGUGGCCGAGUGCCUGUCUUACUUCGACGUGAACGAGGACACGGGUCUCUCACCUGAGCAGGUGAAGCGCAACCUGGAGAAGUUCGGCUACAACGAGCUGCCUGCUGAGGAGGGUAAGACCAUUUGGGAGUUGGUGGUGGAGCAGUUUGAGGACCUGCUGGUGAGGAUUCUGCUACUGGCUGCCUGUAUCUCUUUCGUGCUGGCCUUGUUUGAGGAGGGAGAAGAGACCGUCACAGCGUUCGUCGAGCCCUUCGUCAUCCUCCUCAUCCUCAUCGCUAAUGCAGUGGUCGGAGUGUGGCAGGGAACUGCAUCAUGGGAAAAGACAGGGAGCUCACAUUCUGAGCAUUACAUCACAGGUCAAGGGUCACGCCUUGCUGAGGACAUGUAG